CAAGAAUCUCACAAACCGCUGUCGCAAUUAAAUCAUGUCGGAUAUGAACACAGAUACACAAUCUCAAGGCUCGCCUGAUCCAGGCAAGCAGCCGAAACGAACAAGCAAAGCCUGCCUGGUCUGCCGUGCGAGGAAGAGCAAAUGCACAUUAGACACAACAGAUGGAGAACCUCAGCCACCAUGUUUGCGAUGUCGCAAAGAAAACAAGCAAUGUGUGAUCGGCAGCAGUAACCGUGGAGGUAGAAGGGUCAGAAGGUCAACGAUAGCUUCGCAACAAGCACAGCAACAGACGCAGACCAGUACACAGCCACAAGCGCAAGCUCGACCUCAAGCCCAAAAGACUGACUCCAACGAUGAAUCCGUACUCGGGACUCCAUGGAACCCGGGUACUGCACCUAACAACCCGUACUCUGACCCUCCACAACAUACCGUGACUGCUGCGAGUCCUUCAGUAACCAACACUGGUGUCAGUAAUCUGGACUUUGCAACCCAACGUCAAUUGUUCGACCCGCAUAGUCUUGCAAUGGAUCUCGAUCCUACUCUUGGGCCAUCAACGUCGAGUGGAUUGAGAUCAAACGAAGCUGCCACCCGAGAGUCGGCUCGCUCGUCGAGCUCUGACAACAUGCCCUUCAAUGAUUUGCAAAACCCUUCCGACGCAUUGGACAUACUGGCUCAAAUCGCGAGCAAUGACAACCAUCCCGGCCGCCAACCUGCUUGGCAAGAAAAACAAUCUACUCAUAGUCUUCGCGCAAACUCGUUAUACUCGAGCAAUUGGAAUCAUGAUAGCCUCGACUAUCACCUUGUCAGAACAGGCGCUCUGUCAUCGGCCAAGAUCACCCAGCUGAUUGAACGCUACCGUCAACACUACCACCCCUACUUUUCCAUCGCUCCUCCCAGCACUUUGGAUACCAACAACCUCACAAAGACCGCCAAGAACGAACCUCAUUUGUUGACAGCCAUGCUAGUCAUUGCCUCGAAAGAUUUGUUGGAAGAGCCACAUAUCUUCACAGCGUGUUCAGAAUACAUGCAAUCUCUGGUAUCUGUGUUGGUUGCCGGUGGUCCGGGAGGGGUUGAGGCAGUUGAGGGGUUGUUGCUUCUGGCUGAGUGGACACCAUACACGUCCAGAAGCCGAGCGGGCAAUGUCGGACGAGGUGAAGAGGACCGUGAGGCGUGGAUGCACGUCGGGACAGCUCUGCGUAUUGGUUACUACCUAAGCUUGGACAAGUACUCGUUUCCAGUCGCAGGAGACAUCAAAGACCCCGAAUGGAAACGGAAACGUCUGGUCUGGACUUGCUGCUACAUAUCAGACAGACAGAUCUCGAUUCGCAUCGGUCGCGCGUUCUGGAGUCGAGGACCUGGACCUGGUCUUGCCAUCCGGAAAGAGGACUUUCCUUACCAGCCCCAGAAUCCUGGUGACGAAGACUUUCCGAAACUGUUCCAAGCCACUCUGGAGUUGACGUUACUAUUCAGCAACGUACAUGACGUUCUGUAUAGCAGCCCGGGAAACAGUCUGCGGAACCAUCUGACUGGGGGCUACUACAUCAAAAUCGAUUUCCGGAGCGCGUAUUACGGAUGGAACGCUGUGUACGGGACCAUGACGUGCUCACCCAAUCUCAAAGCGAUGCUCCUGAUGUCUUAUGACUAUUUACGACUGUACACAAACGCCUUUGCAUUCCAUGCCACCAUACGACGUGCGCUUCCCGAAGGUGAGAACGGAAAGCCGUCAUUCAGUCGAGUGUUCUACAACAACGUUGGCGCGGUGGGAGAUGCGCGUUUCAUCUACGAAGGCCUCGAUGCUGCAAAGAGCCUGCUUACCACUAUGAACAACUUUGUUGACGCAGAGAGAAUGCUGCGGUACAUGCCCCUCAGGUUCUACCUCUUCACAGUAUACGCUGGUGUCUUCCUGUAUCAUGCGCGUUCAGUCGGUGUCAUGGCACCGGAAGAGGAAUCCUCGGUCAGAAGGAUGAUCCAGCAGACAGUCACAGUACUCCAAAGAUCCGGAGUUGGAGAGAGCCAUCCAGGAAGCAGAUAUUCGCAGCUAUUAAAGCUGCUCUGGGACAAAGUAGAUCGGAAGUCUCACAAGGGGCCACGAUCUUCACGGUCACUUGCCACGCUUGAGAAUCCUUACAGGCCAGUCAGCACAAGUGCUGCCACGCCGGCGUCGAACUCGGCAGCGUCGGCUUCGUUGGAGUCGCCAGCGGUGACAGAUCAAAUGGGUGAUUUCAGCUGGACAGAUUUAGAUGCGAUCGGGAAUUUCGCGGUGAACGGAAAUGAUGGCAUGUCUACGGACGCUGAGUGGUGGACGGGGUUCCUUCCUACGGAUAGUGGACCAUUAGGACCACUCAGUGGAUUAGGAUCGAUGGAUAAUUGGACGUUCAGCAUGUAGUCAUAGCAGGUAUCAGAGCGGCAUAAUGAAGAAGCGUCAAGUCUAC